UAACUACCUAUCGUAUUAAGUAAAGUAACUAUCUAGUUAAAUUUAUUAGAUAACAAAUUGUAUGUAUCAUAAUUAGUCUAUGAAACAACAAAUAAUUGCUCAACAAAUAAUUUAUUAUAAGAGAUUAAUAGAAAAUUAUUGACUAUGUUUAGAGAUGGCGUCAUCUGGUGAUUCUAGAGAUUCACGAAAGAGAAAAGAUUUAUUGGGCGUAACAUUAGUAUGAGUACGAGAAAUAAGGAGCCAAAUGAUCGAGAUGAGACGGAGUCAGAGUCAGAUUCAGAACAUGAGCCAGAGCCACAACCACAUCAGCUAGUGACACCGAUGAGUUUGAGGGCAGACCGUUUUCCUCAGUUUGAUUUUCAGUUGUCUAGUAUGGCUGGUAGUGGACCUUGUUCCAGUCACAACUUUGGGGCGAGGGAUCAUCAUAGUUCACUCUUUGGGCCUUCAUACGAGAUUGAUGACAAGUCUGAGAAGUAUGAGUCAGAUGUUGUUGAGUAUCGCAUUCCACGAGUCAGUUCGAUCAGAGAUAGAGGUGCCGCCAGCGGAUCGUCACAUGUCGUUACUGGGAUUUAUAGAGACCAUGCAGGGCGUUCCUACAGAGCUCCACAGCUUGGUGAGGGCCAGAGUGGUAAUGCUGAUGUGGGAGAGGCCUGGGAGCUUAGAGGACCGUGUACUGGAGGGCCGAGCGACCCGAGUUUGCUCUGUACCUUUCUUGGGCAUGUUUCCCACCGUCUUUACACCGGACAUGCUGAUAGAGGGGUGAUCACUUGCUACGACAGGAGUUCGAUGCUUCGGCACGUUCUAGACGGUUAUGAGAUGGCAAAUGAUAAUGCUAGGACUACCAUAGAGACAUCGGGCCUUGCUCACCUUGUUGAUAUCACCUUCCAGAGCGAGCUGGACACUACUCUCAUCUCGGCAUUUGUGGAGAGGUGGCAGCCGGAUACCAACACCUUCUACAUGCCAUUUGGAGAGAUGACGAUUCUCCUUCACGACGUGGCUCACAUUCUUGGGCUUGUGGUUGAGGGAGAGGUGAUGGUAGCAGAUUCGAGGCAGUUGGAGAAGUGGUCACUGGAGGCUGACAUGCAAGCACUACUGGGAUUAGAUCGUGAUGAUUUGGACCACGGGGCGCAGGUUAGAGAGGUUGCCAGAGAGUCUAAGUGGUACAGAGGAUAUGGUUUGUUGGAAGUGGCAGCUUUGACUCAUUUGCAGUAGUGUGGUCCGGCAGCUAGAGAGGCUCAAUGUUACCUUCUUUUGCUACUUGGGUCCACACUUUUCGUAGAUAAGAGUAAGGACCGCGUUUCUGCUGUUAUCAACUUGUUUGUGAAGAUGCCGGAGCACUUGCUUAUCUGUACAGGUAACUUGGUAUUGCCUCCCGGGCGGAGGCUAAGGGAGUAGCGGGUUGUCUGACUUUACUACAGUGUUGGAUCUACGACCAUUUUCCUACCUUGAGGCCUAGUCGGUUGGAGCCACGAUAGCUGGAGCAGGGGUGUAACACCCUACCCUAUACGUUUUGCCUAAUCAUAUUGUUCAUACAAUUGCAGCGGAAUUAAUCUCGGGUGUUACAUUAAUUAUCAAAAUUUAUCCAAAUAAAAUUUAGACAUGAAUUACUCGCGUAAUGGGCUAACAGUUCUUGCAACUUAUCCUGCAAAAUGAUUCAUCACAAACAUAUAUACUCACAACCAUAUGCAUUGGCUUUUCUUAACCAUAGUCACACUUUUCAUACUCCACAACUGCAUAACAUACUUAUACAUACCAUAAUCGUCACAACUUACACAGUUACACAACAUAUACACAUAUCAUCAACUUUCCACACCUGUGGAUAUCUCACACUACAUCAGAAGCUAGUAUGCACAUGAAAAACGUUCUCAAAACAUUUUUACUAAAAGGUGUGGAUCACUGGCCAAAAUCCUGAGUAGUAGUCCAAGCACAGAAUAGUUGAAGACCAUACAUCAUCCUGGCCUCAACUCUAGCUCCUUUCCUACCUAACACUUAUCUACUACUGCUGGAGAUGAUCUGCUUACACAUAGCAUAAGUAGAGAAGAAGAAUAAAAGAGGGUCAGCUCAUAGCUGAGUGAGAUAAUCAUAGCAUCGUGAGUUCAUAACAGAGCAUACCUCUAUCAUACAUCUAACAAUCAAUCCAAAACACUAGGAUCGGACCUCAACCAUCCUCAUAUCCCAAUAGGCAAAAGACUCAACCACCUUGACUUAUGCAUAUGCAUCUUAUCAUGUUUUAAUCAUAGGCGCCUGACUACUUCCAUGCUAAUUACUCUCCUGGGAAUACGGACCAAACAUCUCGUGGAUGUGGUCAUAUCGGACCCACCACUGCCGGUGUAGUCAUAUCGGACCUGACACCACGCUGGGUGUGGUCAUAUCGGACUCAACACCACUCUGGGUGUGGUCAUAUCUCAUGAUGAAUCAACGGUCAACACCACAUCAGGGGUGUGACAUAACAUAUCAUAACGGAGUAAUAGCAUGGGGAGCCCUAAUUACGAUGUAAUAGACCAAAGUACUCUUACUUGGUACCCUUAUACAUGAUCCAUAUAUCAUCUUACUUAAUCAUAAUUCGUUACUUGCAUCUGUACUUGACCAGGCCACAAUUGGCUCAACAUAGGUAAAUCAGGAGUCGUAUAAUUGCACUUCCUUGGGAUAACCCUCGUGCAAGUCAUCCUCCUUAAAACAUCAUAAUAUCACCAGGGAAUAUAUAUUUUCCCACUUGUGCAUCCAAAUACAACAAUCAUGAAAAAUCAUAUCCAAUCACCUUCUCGAACCAUCAUAAGACAUAUUCACAAUUAAACCCACAUCUGGCAACAUAUAUGGAAUCAUCAACAUAAACAAGGUCCAUAUCGAUUAGGGCAAGUCAAUAAUAUCAUACAGAAGUCUAUAGUUCAUCAUAUAGCAGAAAGGUCCAUACACCCCUAAUCAUGUCAUUCUAGUUCACCUAUAUCAGUUCCGAGUAUAAGUAUAAUUAACGUGAUACGACAAACCCAGUAUGCCGUGCUAAUCCCUCACCAGUUCUGGUCGUUCAAACACCGGUUUAACCUUCCCGUACUAAAACAUCAAUUUCACGAACGAACCCCGAAUUAAAAUCCGAGACCGUCCUAAUAUCCCCUGCAGUAUCCCCGUCAAUAUUAGUUUAGGCUCCGGAUCAAAUUCUCGAUAAAAACACAUCAAACCC